AUGGAGAUAGAUGUCAACUCUGCCACAAUCACUGAAGAUGAUUGGAGGAAUCCUAUCAUGACCUAUCUACGAUAUCCAACUUUGCCCUCUGAGAAGAAAGUCAGAAUCAUGGCUUUAAACUACCUUAUGUGGAAUGAAGAUUUGGUCCGAAAGAGUAAGGAUGAGGUGCUUUUAAGGUGCCUCGGGAAGAAAGAAUACAUGAAAGUUAUGGGGGAAACCCAUGAAGGAAUCUGUGGAGCACAUCAAGGUGGGAAGAAAAAUGUGCUGGUUAAUUAG